AUGACCACGGAGGAAAAACCUGCUGCAGGUGUGCACACUGGAAGGAUGCAUGUAGUCCGAUACUGUGGGUAUUUUAAGGUUAAUCACGCGGCUCUGGCUUAUGCCAUGACCACACUGGGAGCUUGCAUGAUAAACCAUAUAUUUGGCUUCUACUAUGUCAAACUGUUUAUCAGUAAGUACAAGGUAUCAGAGGGAGCCUUUCACAAAGCACAAGUGGUUUACAUGGUGUGGAAUGCAGUCAAUGAUCCACUCUUUGGAUACCUUCAGGAUAACUCCCGUGUGCCCUGCUGUUCUCAGCGCCGUCUCUCCAUCUUGUAUGGAGCACCUCUCUACUCGCUCACCUUCCUCCUGGCCUGGUUCCCGUGGCGGACCUACACCCCUGGGGACUGGUUGAGUGGCUUACAUUUGGCAGUGGCGCUGUGUGCUUUUGACAGCUUGUUGACUUUUGUGCUUCUGGCACAAUGUGCGUUAUUUGCAGAGAUCUCCAGUCAACACCAGAACAGACUCAGACUUGUGAAGUACAGUCAGGUGGCCUCUCUGGUUGGCUCCUCCAGCAUUCUCUUCUGUGGUGUGGUGUCCAGAAACAUGGAGGACUUUUCGGCUUUCCAAGCCUACACAGUGCUGAUUGCUGUUGUGAGCUGUUGCUGCAUGCUCUAUACGGGCUUCCACAGUGAGAGCCGCUUUGACAACAAAGGAUGUGAAUCAGAUGGACAGCAGUCUGUGGAGCAGACUUCCCACCAAUCAGGACCUUCCUUCUCUAAUCUAAAAACUCAGAUCUGGCAAAUCCUGACCAAUCGGGACUUUCAGAUUUUUGUAGUCAUGAACUUCUUCCAAGGUUUCAUUUUAGCUUUCUUCAAUAAUUUCACCAUAAUUCUUACAGAGCAUCUGAUUCCUCCAGAUGUGCUUCCAUCUCUGGCCAAGAGUGUCAUGUAUGGAGCGGGAUUCAUCUGUCCACAGCUGUUAGUACUGAGCUGUCAGAGUCUGCUCCACGAUAUCGGCUACUACAGGAUCCUCCUCUUCGCCUUCUGCGCUGAGGCUGUGAUGGCAGCUGUCAUGCUUACCCUCGGCCCUCACCACUACUAUAUCUUGGCAUUUUAUCUGACUGUGAGCAUGGUCGUAAUUCAUGCCUCCACCAGUCUGUUUGGCUUGCCUCUGGCUGAUAUCAUUGACAAAGACCUGCAGAAGUACAAGCGCAGCUCUCCACUUUCCUCCAUGGUGUUUGGAACAAAUGCUCUGUUCACAAAGCCCGCUCAGUCUCUUGCCCCAAUGUUUGUGGUGAAUAUCCUCAACCAGUUUGGAUAUGAGCAGCUGAAAGAUGCAGGAAGGGAUGCAAAUCCAAGCGACCUGAGGAGCCUCCACAGUGUCAUGUUUUACUUGGUGUGCCUGGUGCCGAUGUGUGUCGCCGCUCUGCAGGCUGUAUUUUGGAGGCCGUUUUCAAUACGCAACAGUCACACAGUGGAAACAAAGUACAUUGACAGCUAGCUUUAGUAUUUAACAAUCAAAGGAAAAGGGUGAUAUUUCUUUAGCUGGGAUUGGGUUCUAAAAUAAUAUCUAAAUGACUGAGGAAAUUUUUACUUGAGAAGCCUGGAAUGAAAAGUGUGUUUUUAUUGAGAAGAAAGCAGGGACAGAAAGCAAGAUGAGAAUAAUGGAGGAAAAGAAAGUAGAGGCAGAAAGCAAGAUAAGGAUGAUUGAGGAGAAAAAGGCAGAGACUGCGUCAAAUAUUUUUCAUGAAAUGGUAAAAUGCCUCGGUUUCAACAUCUGAUAUGUUGUUAAUGUAUUAUUGUGAAUAAAAUGGGUUUAUUAGAUUU